AUGAGUCAUGAUGAAACAGAGAUAGACGUGGAGGAAGAACUUGAAAUCAACGGUCGGACUUCUCUUUACGCUGGCGAUGAUCCCCGCCCGACCAGCAAGAAGGAGCUUGCGGGUUGGUAUUGUUAUGGCUGGGCCGCAGAAGUGUUUACCGUAUGUGCCAUGGGUUCUUUCCUGCCUAUUACCCUGGAGCAGAUGGCCCGAGAUCGUGGGUUUCUUCUGUCUGACAAAACGACACCAUGUAGCCCAACGUGGAAUCCUUCUCACCAGGUGACCAAUCAAUCCAGCUAUGAAUCUCAAAAGUCAAAUACUGGCCAAUGUGUUAUCUUUCUACUGGGUGCGGAGAUCAAUACUGCAAGCUUUGCCUUGUAUACUUUUUCCUUGAGUGUUUUGGUACAGGCAGUCCUUAUCAUUUCAAUGUCGGGCGCUGCAGACCAUGGAAGCUAUCGCAAGAAACUUCUGGUGAUGUUUGCUUUUACUGGAGCUAUAGCAACCAUGUUAUUCCUUGCCAUUGUUCCUCGGGUAUACCUUUUGGGGGGGUUGCUAGCGAUUGUGGCCAAUACCUGCUUCGGUGCGUCCUUUGUUCUACUGAAUUCUUUCUUGCCGGUUCUAGUCCGCCAUCAUCCUUUGGUCAUCGAGAGGAUCCAGAAAGGACUAGCAGGAGGAGAGGGAAGGCAAGAAGUGAAUGCUUCUACUCCACUACUCCAAUCCAUCGAUAAUGAUGGGCGCGCGGCGACCGGUAUGGCAUCCCUACAACUCAGUCUCUCUACCAAAAUAUCAUCAUUUGGAAUUGGGAUUGGCUAUAUUGGUGCUGUGAUUUUGCAAGUCAUAUCCAUUGCUAUCGUGGUCAUCACCCAGCAGACAACUUUUUCACUCCGCCUAGUCUUGUUCUGUAUCGGGCUGUGGUGGUUCAUAUUCACCAUUCCAGCAACCCUAUGGCUGCGCAGUCGACCUGGUCCACCCUUGCUAAGCAAUGGGAAACCCCUUCACUCAUGGCCGGCAUACAUGGCCUAUGCCUGGCAGUCACUUGGGAAGACGGCUAUGCGGGCAAGGCGCUUAAAGGAUCUCCUCCUCUUUCUUGCUGCUUGGUUUCUUCUAAGUGACGGGAUUGCUACGGUCAGUGGUACCGCUGUACUGUUUGCCAAGACCGAACUCAAUAUGAAGCCCGCGGCGUUGGGGCUCAUUAAUGUGAUUGUCAUGCUUGCCGGCGUGUGUGGCGCCUUCUCCUGGAGCUACGUGUCAAGCCUACUGCGUCUUCGUGCGUCACAUACCAUCAUCGCCUGUAUUAUUCUGUUUGAGUUGAUUCCACUGUACGGGAUCCUUGGAUUCGUCCCGUCCGUUCAGCGCUUGGGUAUUGGCCUCCAACAACCAUGGGAGAUGUAUCCACUGGGAGCCAUUUAUGGCCUAGUCAUGGGUGGUCUGUCGUCCUACUGCCGAAGCUUUUUCGCCGAGUUAAUUCCACCUGGACACGAAGCGGCCUUUUAUGCUCUGUACGCCAUCACCGACAAAGGAUCUAGCAUUUUUGGCCCCGCAAUUGUCGGUGUUAUAACUGAUCGAUAUGGUGAGAUUCGACCUGCUUUUGUGUUUUUGGCUAUUCUGAUAUUUCUCCCCUUGCCACUUAUGCUACUUGUGGACGUUGAACGUGGAAAACGAGAUGCACUCGAACUUGGUGCUGAACUUGAUGGCCUGUCAGCCAACCCGGGCCAUGACUCUAUCGCCACCAGAGCCCCAGGGGAAUAA